AUGGACCCUGUCACCAUAACCUCAGGUGUCUUCCAUAUUCUCACGGGAGCUCUCGAAUCCAGCAAGUCUCUACACGAGACUGUCCAGUCCUUUAAAAACCACGAGCGUACAAUACGAGAACUCCGCUCCGAGCUGGAAUCGCUCAUACAGGUCCUCGAGUCCCUCAGAAGCAUAGUCGCUUCCGAUGAAGAGGGCCCCGUGGUGUCGAUGCUCAAGAACCCAGUCCUUCGCUGCCACCAGAUAUGCCAGGAAUUCAACGCCGUCAUCAUCAAAUGCACCAGGCAUUCCUCCGGCGGCUCUCGCACAAGCUUCCGGGACUGGACUCGGAUCAGAUACAUGGGCGGCGACGUGAGAGACUUCAAGGACAUGCUGGCCGGCUAUAAAGCCACCAUUGCCGUUGCCCUCGGGAGCCUCAACAUGCAAACUGCUCAGGUCACUCGCGAAACAAUACAUCAGCACAACGAAAUGAUCCAGGAAACAACAGCCGAUCUCGAGGCUCAUCUCCGCGACAUCGACCAGAAGCUAUCCGCUAUAACGAACCUCCUCCACCAACAACAACAACAGGACCCUAGCCCUCUUCCUGAUGACGAGAGCACAGCGCAGAGGCAAGAGGAGGAGAGACAACGCGCCCAGCAAUGCCUCCUCAUAUGCGAGAACGCAACAUCUCUCCUGCAGAGCCUGCAAGACAAUCUUCCACCGCAACAUGAUAAUAUGACAACAGACGAAUCCUCCCGCGCCAAAACAGCCCUGGCUCUCAGCGAUGCUAGAGAUAGGAUCCUUCUCGCGGCUUCUGAACUGCAACAACAGCUCGCAGCUACAACAACAACAACAAACCCCUUAACGAUAAAGCCGUCCAGCACCAAAGCCAUCUCGCUUCUAGUACCGCAACAGCUGCAGGAGGACCAAACCAGCCUCCUUAGAGAACUCGUCACGGCGAGACAGUGCCUCCAGGUCUGCAGCCUCGCCGCCGAGCAGGCAUCAUCCCUGAGGCGAGGCGUGCACGUCUUUGACGGCGUGUCAGCACAGGACAAUAGCCAGCAGAUCAUCGUUACGACCGGCGGCGGCGGCGGCGGCAGCGACCUGAUUAGCGCCAAGAACAUCAGGGCAGGACACUUCUCGACCCAGUGGCUCGGAUGCAUAUCGGAUGCCUCGCUGCAGCAGCUCUCCGCCGACCGCGCCGCUUCUUUUACGUACUUGCGAUCGCCCUCAUCCGCGGGAGAAACUGAUCCUUCGUUGGGAAACAAGAAUGGGUUGGGAUGCAAGUUGCGGGAAGGGGGGAUUGUUGGUAUUAAAAGUAUGAGUGGCGGACUCAGCUCGCAGAGUAGGUAA